AUGUUGCUCAACAGGGAAUAUUGGAAGGCGGUUAUACACGAAAUUGAGGAUGCAGCGCAUCAAAAAACGCUCAAAGACAUUAUCAAAGACUACGAUCUCUCAGUUACCCUACCAGACGAUUUACGCGAGCGUAUCAAGAAGAUAAUGCCCUAUGAGUUCGACGAGUAUGACCGCUUGGUGUAUAUUGACGAAUCAGCGGUGGAAACACCCAAAUCAUAUGACACGGAAGAAACGUUGACAGAUGAAGAGGCUGGUCAGAAAGGAGAAAAGAAAGAGGCUGCUUUCAAUGAAAGUACACGCUCUGAAAUCGAGCGUUUGGAAGACGAAGUUGUAAAUUUGGAAGUGAAACUCGAUACGCGCGCGCAACGUAAAGCAAAAGCCAAAAAGCAGUAUAACUGGACUUCGGGCUACAUAUGUAAGCCACGCAGAGAACGUGUAAAAUGGGAUUCAAAGAUUUACCAUCUGGAGCGAAGUUUAGCCGAGAAAACACUCGAUGAACAGGCUGAGCAGCUAAUGGAUGCGUCAGCCGAACGCUUCACAGAAUGGCUUAACUCGUUGGGUAGCAAUCGUGAGGCGGACAUAACAAAAGCUCAACUGAAAGCUUUAUUCUCCAUUGAGGGUAAACGACAUCGUUUAGUAUCGAUACAAACCGAACCGAAGGAAGUGCAGGCCAUUGCCAAAGCUGUGGCGGAUAAGUGGAAUUUACCAGAGAUGGCUAUUGAGCUGAAAUAUGAAAAUUACAACAAGGAUUUAUUGAAAAAUGUACCAAAGAAGAUGGUUAAUGUCGCCUUCGGGCGCACAGUGCACUACGACGAGCGUCCUUGGGUGCCCAUGGCAAGUGAUCAGCUAAUAACCACUGUUUUCCCCGAUGAGUUGCUUUCCGGUUCAAGGUUAUUUAAGGGCAUUAAACAUUUACGUUCGGUAAAGGCGCUUAUUGAAUUUUAUCGUGAACGACCACAUUUGAAGCGACCGCAAUAUUUGGAGAAGAGUGGACUUUUCAAAAUGAGAGAAAAGGCAACUGCAAAGCAGGAAAUACCACUUUAUGAGCUGCUAAAGUUGGAAUAUUAA